CGAUUUCUCUCCACCACUCUCCUUGCUCUGCCUCUCUCAACUCCCAACCUCCAAUGGCCGAGACCACUAUCCGAUUUGGCAUCCUGGGCUGCGCUGACAUUGCCCGCAAGCUCUCCCGUGCCAUCACCCGCCCCAACGCCACCCUCUACGCCGUGGCCAGCCGCUCCGUCGACAAAGCCACCGCCUUCGCUUCUGCCAAUGGCUUCCCUCCUGGCUCUAAGAUUUACGGCUCCUACGAAGCGCUCCUUGACGAUCCCGACGUCGAUGCCGUCUAUGUGCCGCUUCCCACUAGCUUGCACGUGCACUGGGCCGUCCUCGUCGCUCAGAAGAAGAAGCAUCUGCUUCUGGAGAAGCCUGUGGCUCUCAACGCUGCUGAGUUUGAUAAGAUCAUCGAGGCCUGCGAAUCCAAUGGGGUGCAGCUCAUGGACGGUACCAUGUGGAUGCACCACCCUAGGACCGCUAAAAUGGCAGAGUUCUUGUCCGAUGAGCGUCGCUUUGGUCGACUCCAAAAAGUACAAACGGUGUUUGCAUUUGGUGCUGAUCCCGAUUUUCUUAAGAACGAUAUUCGUGUGAAACCAGAUCUUGAUGGUCUUGGUUCUCUUGGCGAUCAAGGUUGGUAUUGUAUAAGGGCAAUCCUGUGGGCUGCCAACUUUGAACUACCUAAAACAGUUAUAGCCUUGCGUGAUCCUCAGCGCAAUGAAGCCGGGGUAAUAUUGUCUUGUGGAGCUACUCUGUACUGGGAAGAUGGAAUAGUUGCAACCUUCCAUUGCUCCUUCUUAUCACAUCUGACAAUGGAUAUAACUGCUAUCGGGACAAAAGGAACACUACAUGCUCACGACUUUAUUAUCCCUUACCAAGAGAAGGAGGCUUCAUUUUCUGCAGCUUCAGAAUGUAGCUUUAAUGAUCUUGUGACAGGAUGGUCUGAAGAGCCAAGCAAGCAUAUAGUAACCACAGAGCUGCCUCAGGAGGCCCAAAUGGUGAGAGAAUUUUCCCGUUUGGUGGGUGAUAUCAAGUUUAAAAGUAUGAAGCCUGAGAAGAAGUGGCCAACUAUUAGUAGGAAAACACAGCUCAUAGUGGAUGCUGUGAAAACUUCGAUCGAGAGGGGUUUCGAGCCUGUUCAUAUUCAGGAGCAAGCUUCUGUCUCUGGUUUAUCUGGACUUGAUUAUCUGAAGAAAAAUCUGCUGGGGCAAUCUACAUAAAUAAACCAUUCGGAAAAUGAUGUAAUGUCUAACUACGUUCAUUUCUGUCAUCCUUUCAACAAAGUCAUUGAUGUUGAUUAGGUGAACGGAAACAAAUUCUUGUUUGUGAGCUGAAGUGUAUUGGGUUGUUGAAAUCAUGCAAUGUUGUUCCUUUCUCUCUGAUGAACAACCAGUUUUUUUUUUUGGCGUUAAUUUAGUCCUUAAAUUUUACUUUUGUUUGCAUCAAUAAAUUCACAUGGCAAAUACUUGUUAUUGUAGGCAAUUGUUAUGUAUGCUUGAUCAGAAAAAA